UCAAGGCGAUGAGACUGAGCCGAUAUUCCGGAUUUAUACCGCCUGGUCAGCAGGCAUUGGAUGCUUGAGUCAUGUGUGCAGACACAGCGAAGGAUUGGGUGUUUGCAGGUCAGCUGACCACAAGUGUCAUGGGGCGCCCAUGCUGCACAGAUGGUGGGUACACACUAGAUGGACUUCAGGGGUACACAAUGACAAUGGGCACCAUACCCGCGGACAGAGCAUUCAUGCAGCCGCAGACUGGGGCCGUGACUUCCGGAGGCCUGCACACCAGCGCGCUGCUUGCAGCUGGCAUGGAACUGGAGAGUUAUGACCAGCCCGUCCUUCUGAGAGAUGACAAUAAGCGGAGAAGGAGAAAAAUGAGACCCCACUCAGCAGCAACAUCCAACAUCUUCUCCAUGGAACUCAUACCUAUAGAAUUUAUUUUACCCACCAGCCUUAAAAAUAGCAAAGUACAAGACACAGUCCUCCUAGAAAUAGCUGGUAACUGCACAGUGGAGCAAAUGAAGGCACAGGUCUGGGUGAAUGCAAUAGAAAAAAGCCACAAUAGUGAUUUCUACCACAAAGUAGCUCCUGACCAUUUCCUCCUGCAGUAUCAGAAGAAGGGACAGUGGUAUGAAAUAUAUGACAAACAUCAGGUAAUACAAACGUUGGACUGCAUAAUGUACUGGAAGGUUUUACAGAAAACUGUGGGAAAGAUUUAUAUUAUCCAGAAAGAAAGGCCCUCAGAAGAAAUGGUGGAAUACCAGAAACAAUUGAAUUAUCUAAUUGGAUACGAUGUUACAGAUGUAAGUAAUGUGCAUGAUGAUGAGCUUGAAUUUACCCGGCGUAGAUUGGUCACCCCACGAAUGAUUGAGCUGGUGAAAAGAGAUGCCAGAUUAUAUUCCAUGGACCCUUGGUUUACUGCAAAGCCACUACCAGAAUAUGUAUGUAAAAAACUGGCUUCUAAUAAUAUUUUCAUCAUUAUACACAAAGGUAUGACAAGUCAUACAAUUAGAGUAUCUAUUGAUGACACACCAGAUGUAAUCCUACAAAGCUUCUUUACAAAAAUGGCCAAGAAAAAAUCAUUACUGGACAUUUCUGAGGAACACAGUGAACUGGACUUUGUUCUCCGUAUUUGUGGUCGAGAUGAGUUCAUCAUUGGAAAUUCACCAAUUAAAGAUUUUCAUUACAUAAGACAAUGUAUUAAGACUGGGGAUGAGAUACAUUUUGUUCUAGAUGUCCCUCCUAACCCAUCAGAAGAUAAGGUCCAGAAAGAAGAAUGGCCUCUGGUUGAUGACUGCACCGGUGUAACAGGUUAUCAUGAACAGCUUACCAUUGAGGGAAAAGACCACGAAAAGAUUUUCACUAUAUCCCUUUGGGAUUGCAAUAGGAAGUUUCGAGUUAAAAUCAUUGGGAUUGAUAUCCCAAUUUUGCCAAGAAAUACAGAGCUUAUUGUUUUUGUUGAAGCCAACAUUCAGCAUGGACAACAGGUGCUAUCCCAGAGGAGGACUUCAUGCAAACCCUUCAUGGAAGAGGUUUUAUGGAACACAUGGCUUGAAUUUGAUAUCAAAAUCAAAGACUUGCCAAAAGGAGCUCUUCUGAAUCUGCAGAUAUUUUGUUGCAAAGCCCAGGCAGUCUCAAGUAAAGGAAGUCUACAGUCGCCGGAGUCCACUGCCUCAGACUCAAAGUGUAAAAAUCAGCUCCUUUACUAUGUAAAUCUGCUCUUAAUUGAUCACAGAUUCUUGUUAAGACAAGGAGAGUUUAUCCUUCACAUGUGGAAAAUACCAGGUAAAGGAGAGGAGCAAGGGAGCAUUAAUGCAGAUAAACUGACAUCUGCAACAAAUCCUGAUAAAGAUACAUCUAUGGCCAUUUCCAUAAGUCUAGACAAGUACUGCCAUCCUGUCGCUCUCCCAAAACACAAAUCUGUGUCAGAUCCUGAGCUAGACAGGGCAAGAUCGGAAAUGCCAAAUCAACUGCGAAAGCAGCUUGAAGAAAUAAUAUCCACCGAUCCACUACAUCCGCUCACUCCAGAAGACCAAGAGCUCCUGUGGCAUUUUAGAUAUGAAGUUAUAAAGAACCCAGAUGCUUACCCAAAGUUGCUAAGUUCAGUAAAGUGGGGGCAGCAAGAUAUGGUAGCCAAAACAUAUCAGCUACUAAAUAAAAGAGAAGCGUGGGACAGCUGUUCCUUAGAUGUUGGGCUAACAAUUCAGCUACUUGACUGCAACUUUUCCGAUGAGAAUGUUCGUGCUAUGGCAGUCCAGAAGUUGGAAAGUUUGCAGGAUGAUGACGUCCUCCAUUAUCUCUUACAGCUAGUACAGGCUGUUAAAUUUGAGCCGUAUCAUGACAGCGCAUUAUCCAGGUUCCUGUUGAAACGUGCAUUAAGAAGUAAGCGAAUUGGCCACUUCUUAUUUUGGUUUCUAAGAAGUGAGAUUGCUCAGUCGAUGCAUUAUCAGCAACGUUUUGCAGUCAUCCUUGAAGCUUAUCUAAGAGGCUGCGGCACCUUUAUGUUAAAUGAUUUCAGGAAGCAAGUCCAAGUCACUGAAGUUCUGCAUAAAGUCACCAUGGAAAUCAAAUGUGUUUCUGCUGAGAAGUAUGAUGUAACUUCACAAGUUAUCACUCAGCUGCGACAAAAGCUUGAAAAACUACAGGGAUCUUCUCUUCCAGAAAGCUUUAGAGUGCCCUAUGACCCUGGGCUUAGAGCUGGCACACUGGUUGUGGAAAAGUGCAAAGUAAUGGCCUCAAAAAAGAAACCCCUGUGGCUGGAAUUUAAAUGUGCUGAUACAACUGCUUUGUCAAAUGAAACAAUUGGAAUAAUAUUUAAGUAUGGGGAUGACCUUCGCCAAGAUAUGCUCAUUUUACAGAUUCUUCGUAUUAUGGAAUCAAUUUGGGAAGCUGAAUCACUGGACCUUUGCUUGCUGCCCUAUGGCUGCAUUUCUACUGGAAACAAAAUAGGAAUGAUUGAAAUUGUGAAAGAUGCCACAACCAUUGCCCAAAUACAACAGAGCACAGUUGGCAACACUGGUGCAUUUAAAGACGAAGUUUUGAGUCAGUGGUUAAAAGAAAAAUGUCCAAUUGAAGAAAAGCUAAACGCAGCUGUGGAGAGAUUUGUUUAUUCCUGCGCUGGAUACUGUGUUGCAACUUUUGUGCUUGGGAUUGGGGACCGACAUAAUGACAAUAUAAUGGUAACUGAAACAGGUAACCUAUUUCACAUUGAUUUUGGACACAUUCUUGGCAAUUACAAAAGUUUCCUGGGCAUUAACAAGGAAAGGGUACCAUUUGUCCUAACUCCAGAUUUCCUACAUGUGAUGGGAACCUCAGGAAAGAAAUCAAGUGAAUACUUUCUUAAAUUUCAGGAUGUGUGUGUUAAAGCGUAUUUAGCUUUGCGACAUCAUACAAAUCUUAUGAUCAUCCUGUUCUCAAUGAUGCUGAUGACCGGCAUGCCCCAGCUAACCAGUAAAGAGGACAUUGAAUAUAUUCGGGAUUCGCUGACUGUUGGGAAAAAUGAAGACAGUGCUAAAAAGCAUUUCUUAGACCAAAUUGAGGUCUGCAGGGAUAAAGGCUGGACUGUGCAGUUUAACUGGUUCCUUCACCUUGUGCUAGGCAUUAAACAAGGAGUUGAGAAGCAUUCUGCCUAAAUCCGAUAUGGAUAUGUUCUUGUAGCAAGGCACAACAGUUGAAAGCACACAAAGAAGGAGCUGUGAAGAAUUGGGAAUAUUAUCUAACAUUUAUGAACUUCUGGAAAAUAAUUGCACUAAUUAUUCUUUGUUGGAUUAAUCUUUACAUUAAUUUCUAAGUUCUUUUAGUGAGAGUCUGAAAACGUUAUAAGACAUGAAUGACUGACCUGGCUGUUCUCUUUAAGCAGUAAAAUCUACAAUUCACAUUAGAAACAUGUUAGAGAAAAUCCAUCUUGCAGGGUUGCAGGUUCCUAAUGCAGAUCUGAAGGGCACAGUUUACAUUAGAUUAUGCCCUUCUUUCAUUUCCAGAUUAUUCACUUUAGAGGGGAUGUUGCCUCCCACCAAUAGCGAUAAACACAAAAUAAUUCACACUGCUUUGCGGUUCAGAAAACAAUAUUGGUGAAUUUAUAUUCUUUAUAGGUGAUCAUAAAAAUAUUACAAGUCACAGGAUUGCCAUGACCAUAUAAUGACAACAGUUGCAGGUCGUUGCACAUGAAUUCUGUUAUCCUUGUAAUGUAAACAGUACAGUAAACAUCACACCACAUAAGAAUAACAUUUUAUCAUAAAUCAAUUAAAUAUACUUUGGCUAUAUUCUAAAAACAAAAUCAGUAGUAAUUCAUUUGAGGUCAGUGUGGAGGAAAGAGUCUGUAAUUAUAUAUUUACAGAUACCUCUUGCAAUUCCUUUGCAGUAAAAAAAAAAAAGACACGACGGCUAAUGCCACAUGACAUUUCAUGAAAUGGUAACAUGGUUGAGUAAUUGAAACUUUGUUAUUGGUAAAGUUGCUUAUAAUGUUAUGAUACAAUAUUGCUUAAUUUUAAGAACUGAGUGCACUGUUUGUAGAGUAAGAAAACUGGAAUUAAAAAAACAGAUGGUUCCUGGUAAUAGAAAAUGAGCUAUUUAUAAAAUAAAAUCUUCUACACAUACA